AUGGUGGGCAUGAAGGUGGACCUCCAGCACGAGGGCGAGGACGGCUGCCGGCGCGUGACGUUGAACGAAAAGUGGCAGAAGAAGCGCUGCGGCCUGCUCUUCAAGGUCGCGGGCCUCGCGAGCGAGGACGAGCUCAUCCUCUCGAGGCAGGGGUCGUCGAAGGUCCUCGACCUCGCGGCGCCCAUCGGCGAGGCCCUGCGCGACGGCGAGACGUACGUCGUGCGCCAGCGGAGCGUCGCCGCGGCGCGGUCGGCCAUGGCCCUGCCGGCGGCGCCGUCGGGCGCGCACCCGCCGGCCGCGGUCGCCGCGGAGGCCGCGGCGGCGAAAGACGCGGAAGCCGCCGCGCGCAAAAAAGAGGAGGAAGCCCGGGCCCUGGCGGCGAAGAAGCGGGCGCGCGACGCGGAGCGCGCGGCCCAGGCCAAAGCCGGCGCGGCGCCGCCGUCGAGCGCCGCGCUCAACCGCGAGGCCGCCGCGGGGCUCCGCGAGUCCGGAAACGAGAAGUUCCGCGCGGGCGACCUCGAGGCCGCGGAGCAGUUCUACAAGGUGGCCAUCAAGGCCGCGCCCGGCGACGCGCGGUCGCGGGCGAAUCUCGCGGCCAUCGCGCUCAAGCAGGGGCGCUUCGUCGACGCGGCGCGGUACGCGGCGGCCGCGCUCGAGCGCCAGGAGCGCGAGCCCAACGUCGGCAAGUGGUGGUUCCGCCUCGGCCGGGGCCAGCACGGCAUGAAGCGCUUCGCCGACGCGCUCAACUCCUUCCACAGCGGCCUCCAGGCCGCGGACGCGACGCCGGGGUCGCAGCUCCGGAACGACCUCGCGAAGGCCAUGGAGACGGCGGAGAAAGCAUUGCGCCAGCAGUGGGCCAAGGUCGCGGAGCUCAGCGGCCGCGCGGCCAAGGAGGAGGGGAACCGGUCCACGUACCGCUGGCUCACGGAGUCGCUCCUCGACUGCGACCCGACGAACGUCUACGCGCUCCAGCAGCUGGGCGCGCUCGCGCUCGAGGAGUGCGUCGGCCCCGUCGGCCGCCGCGACGCGAAAUUCGCCGGGUUGGCACCGCCGGAGGACGACGCCGCGGGCGAGCGGAGCGACGACGAGGCGCCGGAGGUCGGCGCGGGCGACGACCCGGCGUUCGCCGUCGAGCUCCUGCGGUUCGUGAAAAAAGGCGCGGCGCACAAGGAGGUGCGGCGCGCCUACCCGGACGCCAUGCUGCGGUCCAUGCGGCGCAAGCGGUUGCGGCGCGUGCGGCUCGCGCUCGAGCUCGGGCUCCGGGCGUUGCUGGCCGACCUCGCGGCGCGGCGCGAGCCCGAGCUCCGCGAGCCCGCCGUCGCGUCCCUGGGCAACAUGCCGCUCCCCGAGGACGAGUCCACGCUCAACGAGGUGCGCGCGGGGUUGCACCUGGCCCUGGGCAACUGCCACCGGGCCCUCGGGGCGCCCGCGCACGCGGUCGCGCGGCAUUUCACGAACGCGUGCGAGGCCGGCACGAAGAACGUCGUCGCCUGGAGCUCGCUGUCGCAGACGCUCCUCGACAUGGGCGACCGGCGGUCCGCCGCGGCCUGCCACGCGGGCGCCGUGGAGCGCGGCGUCUGGGAGCACCCCGCGCAGCGGCCGUGCGGCUUCGCGCGGGGCCUGGGCAGGGGCCUCAAAGGCGGCGGCUUCUGGGACCCGGCGCGGGCGCCGGACCUGCUGCGCGCGCUCCGGGGCGCCCGGGCGGAGAUCUUAGCCGAGGCGUCGGCGCUCAUGCGCGGCCACGCGGCGCUGCGGCGCGGCGCCGCGGGCGACCUGGGCGGCGUGCCGCGCGCGCGCGUCGCCGGCGAGGACAUCGACAAGGUCUUCCGCCCCUACGCGUCCAAGGCCCUGGAGGCCGGCGGCGAGUGGGGCGACUUCGGCCUGCGCUUCAACGGCAUGACGAACACGCGGAACUGCGCCGCGUGCCCCGUCACGGCGAACGCGAUCGCGUCCUGCGAGGCCGCGCACACGGCCGUCAUGGGCAGCGCCUACUUUUCGCUGCUCCAGCCGAAGACGCACCUCAAAGCCCACUGCGGGCCGACGAACCUGCGCCUGCGCAUGCACUUUGGCCUCUUCGUGCCAAAGGGCUGCCGCAUCCGCGUCCACGACGAGACGCGCGCGUGGAAGGAGGGCGAGUGCCUCCUCUUCGACGACAGCUUCGAGCACGAGGUCUGGAACGACUCCGACGAGCCGCGCCUCGUGCUGAUCAUCGACGUCUGGCACCCGGACCUGAAGACGGACAGGCAGCGGCUCAAGCACCUCGACGCGGCCCAGAAGACCAAGUACAAGAUGCUCAAGAUGGGCCACGUCGAGGACACGGAGGAGUCGGGGCACUAG